AUUAUUAAACGAGUUUGCUGUAAUUUUCUUAAAUACCGUUUAUGCCCAUCAAUUUGAACUGUGUAGGUUCGGUAGUAACCAACCAUUAUCUUGUUUAAAUGCGUAGUAGACUGAGUCUACUUACAAUAGUGGCGUUGUGGCUUUAUUGAAAAUUCAGCAUGGCAGAUAAUUCGUCGGUUUGGGAAGACGAUCCCCAUUUAGAAAAACACGGUAGAAGCUGGCUGGAAUAUCUGGCGUUAACAACAGAUUACUUAAGUAUCCCGCUUUGUUUUUUGGCUGUUCUAGCAGAUUAUUCACUUAUAUACACCGUUUUGAGGUACCGAAGAUUAAAAAAUAGAACUAACUAUUAUCUAUUGAAUUUCGCAGUUUUCCAUCUUGUUUAUAUUAUAUCCACACCGUUAUUUUAUUUAAUAUUAGAUAUAUUUUAUAAGGAUGGAAUGGAAAUUAAUUGGUAUUGCACGUGGUCUAGAGUGGAGAACUUCGGUAUGGCUCUUCUUCUGACCUUCAUAGCCGGUUAUGGAGUCGACGUUUUAAUCGAAGAUCACAAACCCACUUGGUUCUCGAAAUACAGGGAGAGAUAUUUUUAUCUAUUUUCGUUUUUUUAUUUCUUACAUUUUAUGAUAUAUUUAAUUUCGGCGAGUAUAUGUUUCAAAGAAGCUUUUAGAAACAACUUCAAUUUCUAUUUUUUAACAAUUUAUUAUUUAUUGGAGGUGAUAUUCUUAUUAUAUUUAGGUAUUAGUGAUAAAUAUGAAAAAUCGAACGCUCUAACAAUAUCAAUAACAAUUCUUCUAAUUUGGUUACCGUUAUUUUUCGUUUAUAAUUUAUUGAAUUUCGUUAAAGAUACGAAUGUCGAAUUUUUUUUGUGGUAUUCGGCGUUUUUGCCGGAAUAUCUGGCGUAUAGCUCGCCGAUAAUUGUUUCUUGUCAAUUAUGGAAAUAUAACAAGCAUUUUAAAACGGCUUUCAGAAAAUUAUUCAAAAGGCACGUGUCUUUUCCAGAUUACGAAGAAUUGUUCAUGAAUGAAACUAAAAUCGAUGACGAUGACAAGAUGUAAAUAUCGCUUCUAUGUAUAUAUAUCUAUUUACGUAAAAAUAAUAAAAAAUAGUUAAAUACCC